UCCGCGCGGAGGAUUGUGGGUGGCCACGGCCGCUGUGGCCUUGCAGUCUCUCCGGCUCGCUUCGUUCCUUCAGAGCCGCGACCGGCUCGGCGGCAAAAGUCGAUGUCGGCCUGCGCGGUGGCGGCUGCCGCGCGAGGACGCUAUUUGGCAGCGGCGGCGCUAAGCCGGGCCAGGGCCGCCUCGGCUUCCUCGCUACCCUGGGGGGGUCUCCGCACGGCGGUGGGGGCGACAGGGCUGUGGGCGGGGUUCGCCCCUAGGCGCUUCCUGUCUUCUCGGAACCGUCCUGAAGGCAAAGUACUUGAGACAGUGGGUGUAUUUGAAUUGCCAAAACAAAAUGGCAAAUAUGAAACUGGGCAGUUAUUCCUCCACAGUGUAUUUGGAUACCGGGGAAUAGUUCUGUUUCCUUGGCAAGCUAGGUUGUACGAUCGAGACGUUACUUCUCCUGUGCCUGAAAAGGGUGAGAAUUCAGCUGGCCAUGGAUCCAAAGAAGUGAAGGGGAAGACACAUACCUACUACCAAGUGCUCAUAGAUGCUCGUGACUGCCCCCAUAUAUCCCAGAGAUCUCAGACAGAAGCUGUGACUUUCUUAGCAAACCAUGAUGAUAGCAGAGCCCUCUAUGCAAUACCAGGACUUGACUAUGUAAGCCAUGAAGACAUCCUUCCAUACACAUCCACGGAUCAAGUGCCCAUCCAGCAUGAGCUGUUUGAACGGUUCCUCCUGUAUGAUCAGACAAAAGUUCCAGCCUUUGUGGCAAGGGAUACACUGUGUGCUUGGCAGGAGAAAAACCAUCCCUGGCUGGAACUCUCCGAUGUGCACCGGGAAACCACUGAAAAUAUCCGUGUCACGGUCAUCCCUUUCUACAUGGGCAUGCGAGAAGCCCAGAAUUCCCAUGUCUACUGGUGGCGCUACUGUAUCCGCCUGGAGAAUCUGGACAACGAAGUAGUGCAGCUCCGUGAAAGGCACUGGCGGAUAUUCAGCUUGUCCGGCACACUGGAGACUGUUCGUGGUCGGGGUGUAGUGGGCCGAGAGCCAGUCCUGUCCAAAGAGCAGCCAGCGUUCCAGUACAGCAGCCAUGUCUCCUUACAGGCAUCCAGUGGCCACAUGUGGGGCACUUUCCGCUUUGAACGGCCCGAUGGCUCUCACUUCGAUGUCCGAAUCCCACCCUUCUCUCUGGAAAGCAACAAGGAUGAGAAGACGCCUCCUUCUGGUCUCCACUGGUAGAGCAAUCCUCAGGAAACCAGACACCCUAGGACACCCACCCCCUUUCAAAGGCUGAAAUGGAUUGUUUUUAAAAACAUUUUGAUUCUCCCCUCCCCUUGUUUUUUUUUCUUUGACCAGCUGCUGAGAGAUGAAUGGGCCGGGUGGGGAGGUGAAGCAUUGGGAGCGUUUAAAUCUGACCCACUGGGGCUACUUGGCACCAUUAACCCUUUUUGCACCUUUUAGUACCUCUGUAAGAGUGCAAGCUGGGGUACCUAGUCAACCAGGCUGCUGCUGACAGAGCCCCUAAAGGUCUGCUGGCUGUGAACCAUUGGGAAUGUGAUCCUCCCCCCCCCCCCCCAGAAGACAUCCUCCCCAGCUGUAGGACAAUUUUCCUUCCUAGUCCCAAAACAUUCCUAGCUUCCUCCCACUCUGGCAGAAGUUGUCUCACAUCACAAAGCUGGAGGCGGGGGGGCGGGGCGAUAGGAGUGGGGAAAUACUCCCCUCCCCCCGCUCCAUCCCAUCUGGUACUUUAGCUGUUGUCCCCUGGUUGGGUGUUUGCCUGUUGUCCCCUGGUACUUUGGGUGGGUUGUUCCUCCUGCUGGAAUAUUGACGGUUGGUUCUUUUCCAGAGUGACUGGCCCUGUCAGCUCCUGACCUUGCUUUGGUAGCUCUGGGCCACUUGCUUUGGUAGCUCUGGGUCAGUGUGUGGCAUCUCCUGUCUCAGUGUUGUAUCAGUCCAUUCACUGGCUUUUGCCUCCUUAGAUAGGGCAUAACUUGGAGUUUAAUACAUAAGGCAGGAGUUGAGAUUAAGACAAACUGGAAUACAAUGUGUGUGGGGCAGUUUGCUGUUGCACAGUGUCUUGCUGCUAAGGCAGAGUUCUCUCCCUAGGUGCAGAGUUACUGUUUCCCUCUCACCCGUUUGGUGGGUUCCUGGAAAAGGCAGGAUGGUGCCAUCUAGGGGAAGGGCAGUUGCUUUAAGAUGCAAAGACAGAAGAUGCUCACAACACAAGCAGUGGUUUGGCCUCUAAGUAAGCAGAGAGCCAGAUGAGCUGGGUUUGCAAGAGAUGAGCGCCUUCAGCUAGUCCUUUCCUUACCAGAUUACAUAUUUUUUCAAGCAGUCCAAUUCAGAUACCUCCAACAAUGUAGCUGUUUCUUUGUUGAUUCUGUUGCAGCUACUGCAAAUGCCAAAGUGGCUGUAACAGGCAAGGGCGUUGCCCAGUGGUGCAAGUUGGCUGUAGCAACACUGUUCCUCCGCCCCAGGUUUCCACUCUGCUGCUGUGUCUGCCAGUAGCCCUUAAAAAACAAAGAACCACCAAACAAGCUGGGUUUCAGAAUUGGAAGAGUAGCACACUACACAUCUGGGAAAGUGUUCUCCUUAAUCUUGUUUCUGGUCAUUGAGCAAGGUAGCAGUGGGAAUGGGGGAGCAUUUGUAGAAGGAAAGCUAUGGGGAAGGGCUCUUUGGGAGUGGGUCUGGGAGUAUGUUGCUUUCUCAGAUGCUUCUUGUGGGCCAUUUUCCCUGGAAGGGGCAAGCCCUCGUACAGUACAUUGGAGCUCUGAGGUUUUUGCAGAGUCUGGCUUCAUAAUGUAAAUAACUGUAAAAA